AAGUGAAGGAAAAAACUGUUUCCAUGUCCCAUGGAAGGCUUGGGGCUAACAAGAGGCCUGCAGCUAAAGUAGAGAUGUUCCCACAGUAGCAGAGUAACUAUUUCCACCAUUUGGAGCCAAGAAGGGAAGAUAAUAUAACAGCAUUCCCUUCUUUCCUUGAGGAGGAAAAUGAGCUGGGCAUUCCUACGUGAUCUGCUGAGUGGAGUGAACAAAUAUUCAACAGGAAUUGGAAGAAUCUGGCUAGCAGUUGUGUUCCUGUUCCGCUUGCUGGUUUACAUCGUGGCUGCAGAAAACAUCUGGAAAUAUGAACAUGAUGAAUUUGAAUGCAAUAUCAACCAGCCUGGUUGUGAAAAUGUCUGCUUUGACCAUUUCUUCCCUGUCUCCCACAUCAGACUUUGGGCUUUGCAAUUAAUCAUGGUCUCCACUCCUUCGCUCUUGGUUGUUUUUCACGUUGCUUAUCGAAAGAACAGAGAGAAGCAUCUCAGCCAGAAACUUUACAGAAGUCCAGGAGAGAUAGAUGGUGGGUUGCUGUGGACUUACCUCACCAGUCUUGUAUUAAAAACAGCAAUUGAAAUAGUUUUUCUUGUUCUGUUUUAUAAAUUGUACAAUGGAUUCGAAGUACCACGUCUUGUGAAAUGUGACAUAAGACCGUGUCCCAAUACCGUGGAUUGCUUUAUUUCCAAACCCACAGAGAAGAUGAUCUUCCUCUAUUUCCUGCUGGGAACUUCAUGCCUGUGCAUUGCAUUAAAUCUAAGUGAAUUCAGUUAUCUCAUCUUCAAAUACUCCAUCAAAUGUUAUCUGAAGAGGCACAUCAAGAAACGCCAAGGCUCAAAAGGCGAUUGCCACAAAGCAGAAAUCAUUGCUCACCACAGAGCAGCAGCUGCAGGGUGGCUCCACAACAGCUCCCCGUCCUUUACUCUGAAUGUACAAGACAAAUGUGAAGCAAGUUCCCCGUUGACUUGAAAGAAAGCCAGAGACUAACUUCCCAUUACACAAGCUCUAUUUGACAAAUUGCUUUUCCAAUUGGUGCUUUUCAGAACUGAAAGGACGGUUAUGUUGGAAAUACUUUUUCCCUAUUAGUUCCCCCUUACUUGAGCAGAUAAAUUCGGCUGCAUUAUAUAUGUUCACACACACAAUCAUCCAGAUCUUUUCACGUUGAAAUAAGAGGUGUGUUAAGUCUGAAUAUUCCACAAGGUUUUAAUAUAAACUCAGGUGUUUAUGACAAAUUAUGCUGAAACAAUUGCUCAAAUGGUAGUGUUUUGAACAUUACAUGGAAUUGCUUUGCUACAAGAAAAAGAGGCUUUUUAUGUGCAGAGCUGGUAGAACCUGGGACUGAUGAGCAGCAGGGGGAUGUACAGCAUUUAGCAUUUGUCAGCUGGGUGGAUCUGAAAGCGCUGGCCUACAGUGGCUGCUGGUGUCUGGAAGCGAGAUGGAUGCUCACAAGCCCAUUCCACUGUAAACCAACUCAAAUAAAGAAGAUUGAGGAGGGAUCUUAUUAAUAUUUACCAAUAUGUAAAUGGUGGGUGUCAGGAGGUUGGGACAUCCCUUUUUUUUCUGUUGUAUCCAGUGACAGGACAAGGGGUAAUGGACAAAAGCUGAAACACAAAAAGUUCCAUUGACAUAUAAGGAAAAACUAUGUCAGUGUUGAGGUGAGGGAGCCCUGGCACAGGCU